UGUCACCCUGCCUUCGAACAUGACUUCGAACUCACUUCUUGUGAAGAAUUAUGCCGAGAACGCUGACAGUUACGACCAGUUCAGCAAGACCUCUCUCGGCCAACUCGAGCAGCAGCUCUUCGAUAUAUGCAUCUGCUUCAAAGACUUCAACGGCCUGGAUGUGCUUGAUCUCGGAACAGGGACCGCUCUCAGGGCGCGCGACGCUCUCAACGCCGGCGCUCGACACGUCGAUGCAGUCGAUAUCUCAGCCGAAAUGAUCGGCCAUGGCACACAAUACGAAAAAUCCAUCAACCGCAACAAAAUCACCUGGCACGUGGCAGAUGUGUCAAAGUCACUCGAUCAUCUGGGCUUGAAGCAAUACGACUGGGUCAUCGCCAACGGCAUUUUCGACCACGCAACGGACGCCAAAGGGCUUUGAGAGAAUGUGGUACAACUGUGCAAAGCACCUGAAACCCGAAGGGCGACUGAUCGCCAAUCGAAACCAUCCCGGAUCCAGCGUGGCGGUGGAGGAUAGAUACGGAGUCCGAUUCGACAACUUCCAAUGUUUUGCCGAUGGGGUUUUUUUUCAAUUAUCACAUUACAUCUCAGCCGCCCAUGACCUUUAAAUCUUUCGCGAUUGGUGCUUAUUAUGCUGGGCACAAUGAGAUUCCGAAGAAGUACUUUUGUCAGGUUCGACAUGUGCCUUUCUCGGAGACGAAGACUGUGAAGGAGUGUCGGCAAUAUUGGAAUGAUUAUUUGCAGGAUCCGAUUCUUUAUAUUUAUACUGC